AUGGGAGUGAUGAAGAAACAUUUUCAAUUAGCUCUACUACUGUUUUAUCUUCUCUGCUUGCAACUUGCUGGCUUUUGCAAUUGUGUUGGUGGUUCCAUUUGCAGAGAAGUAGAAAGGAAGGCACUUGUUGAUUUCAAAAAUGGCCUUGAAGAUCCCAAUGGACGUCUCUCUUCUUGGAUUGGCUUGGAAUGUUGCUCUUGGACCGGCGUGCAUUGCCACAACUACACUGGGCAUGUUAUAAGGCUUGAUCUCCGACACAAUGGUGGCAUCAGGUACUUGGGAGGUGAGAUCCGGCCUUCUUUGCUUGUUUUGAAUCACUUAAGAUAUUUAGAUCUUAGUGAUAACUUAUUUAAAAAUAUUAGAAUUCCAACUUUCUUGGGUUCACUGGCAAGUCUUCAAUAUCUUAACCUUUCUCUUAAUGGCUUCAUUGGGCGUGUCCCACACCAACUUGGUAAUCUGUCUCGCUUGCAGUACCUUGAUCUUUCAGGUAAUUAUCUUCAUAUGGUUGGAAGCCAUUGGCUCACAAAUCUUUCUUCUCUUCAAUGCUUGAAUUUGACUGGUGUGAAUCUUUCCGAGACAAAAAACGUGUUCAAAUCACUGAACACCUUUCCUUUGAUAUCUGAGAUAAAGUUAUCUCGUUGUGCUCUUCACGUCCCUCUUUCACUUGGUGCAGAAAUUAACUUUACAAAUCUUCGAUUCCUUGUGUUGGGACACAGUGGUUAA